AUGGCGAAGGAGCAGGCGAAGACGCGGCGGAAGGCCUGGGAAGGGCACGAGGAAGAGGAGGAAAGCGGUGAAGGCAGCCCACAGCCCGGGUCCCACUGUCGCGUGGAAGCAGCCUUCCACUGCCGGACACGUGAAAACAUCUCCCCGGAGAGGGAGGGGACGUUCCACCGCGGCUCGGGGCUGAACCUGACCAGUGGGCAGUACACGGCCCCGGUGGCGGGGUAUUACGCCUUCACCGCCACGCUGCACAUCGUGCGCAGGGAGCAGCAGAGGAAGAGGCAGCCGUGCAGGGGAAAUCGUCUGCGGGUGCUGAUUUGCGUGCAGUCCCACUGCCAGCACAACAGCAAUUUGGAGACUGUGUCCCGGCUGGAGAGCGCUGGUGACCUUUUCACCAUCUCUGUCGCCGGAGUCCUCUACCUGCAGGCUGGGCAAUAUGCCUCUGUCUUCGUGGACAACGCUGCAGGCUCUCCCCUCACCGUUCAAAGUGGCUCCGAUUUCAGCGCCGUUCUGCUGGGGGUGUGAAAAGGCACUAGGCAACACACAGGGAGCUGAACCUGCGGCCAGACCCUUACCCCUGCCAGCCACCAUCGCCCCUCCCCUGCUCAGCACGGAGCCCAGGGAUGAACUUUUGCUGCUGCAGGAGCUGCAGGCUGGUCCGGUACUGCUCAUGCUGCAGAACCAUCUUAAGCUGGACAAAAGAUCGGGGAGGAAAGGACAACGACAACAACAACAAUAAAGCAGCCUGACAUGGAGCUAAAGGAGCUCACUUUUAUCUGGAGGCUGGGGCUGGAAGUUUAUCUCGGCAAAUGCUGCUGUGGAUGGUGGCAGCCAGCUCCUGCCUCCGCGGGGGCUCAGCUGGUGCCUGGGACGAAGCCCCACACCUCCCUUUUUUUUCUCUGCAGAUUUCCCUGCCCAGCUCCUCGGCAGCCCAAACCAGAUUAUGUUUGUAUCGCUUUAGCUUCCCUGCAGUGUAUUAGCAGUGAAUGUUGCUGGCAGGCACCAAUGUCCUUCGCAGCUAAUCUUCCAAGCAGAGCAAUGUCCCGAUAAUGCUGCACACUUGAUUAAAGCAGAUUCCUGUCCCGUGCCUUCCCA